GCCUGCUUCGUCCAUCCGUCGGUCUGUCCACUCCCGCCCCUUUCCACCUUCUCCAGUCCCCCCACACACUGGAGGGCGGGCGGGCAGGCGGGUGUUAGCAAGGGGUGUGCGCCGCUCUCUCGGCAGGGGGCGGGGGAGGCGGCCGCGCGGUGACGCGCGGGGCUGCUGCGGCUGCUCCGCCGGCGGAUCAUCACUCUCGGGCUGGGAUGGACGCGGGGCGGGAGGGCCCUGGCGCGCGGGGCCAGGAGUCCGGGCCUCCCGGCUGCUGAGCGUUCCCCGAAGCCUCUCUCUUACCCCCAAUUUCCCUCCUAGGAUUCGCGCCGACCCCCGCCCCGGGGCUCCAGACUCGGCUCCCGCCCUCCUCCGACUCCCUGGACCUCCCCCUCCCGCCCGCCCUCGGGAUCGACUAGAUCCCUCCCCCUCCCUGAGGAUUCCGGCUGGAUCCCUGCCCCUGCACCGCGGAUCCUGCGCUCCCGGGCUUUGGGCCCCUGGGGAUUGCCGUGGACUCCUCCUCCCGCACCCGAUCCCGUAGGAUCCUCCGCCUGUACCGCCUUCUAGCCCCUCGAAGCCAGCCCACGGAGCCAGUGGAUCCCCAAUCCAGCCCUGUCCCGUUGCUCCCUCCUCCCUCCGUCCCCACUGCGGGGUUCCCUGUUCUUGGGCUCCUCCUGACCCCAUCCCCUACCUCUCGUUUCCCCGGGGAUCGACUGGAUCCCGGCCCCGCCCCCCGGGGCUGGGGCGAACCCCCUCCCCCGCCGGGUGAGGCGCUGCGGGCGGGGGCUGGGCCUGCGGGGCCGCGGGGGCUCACAGGCCGCCGCCCCCCUCCCGAAGCCCGUCCGCCCCCUACUCGGAGCCCUGGAUGGAGGCACCACGGCCCCAGGGCUGAGCCAGGGAGGUGAGAACUAGGACUCCUGAGUCCCCAGAGGAGAGCCUGCCUGGGAGGGAUCGACCCCUGCUGGAAGGGGGUCGGGCCUGCCUUCGCCUUCUCCCACUUCUUUCCCCUUCCCCACCCCUCGCCCCCUCCAUGGAGAGGAACAGACCCCUUCUCUGUCCAGUCUAACCCAGGUCCCUCCCCAACCCCCUCCUCCCUCCUUUCCCCCGCCCCCUCCUCCCUCCUGGGGCGAGGGGGGCCUCCCUCCCUCUCCCCCCCCUUCUCUCUCUCUCCGAGGGGGGGGGGUCCCGGGGAGGGAGGGGGGGUCCCCCGAUCAGCAUGUGGCUCCUGGCGCUGUGUCUGGUGGGGCUGGCGGGGGCUCAACGGGGGGGAGGGGGUCCCAGCGGCGGCGCCCCGGGCGGCCCGGGCCUGGGUCUCAGCGGCCUCGGGGAGGAGCGCUUCCCAGUGGUGAACACGGCCUACGGGCGAGUGCGCGGCGUGCGGCGCGAGCUCAACAACGAGAUCCUGGGCCCGGUCGUGCAGUUCCUGGGCGUGCCCUACGCCACGCCCCCCCUGGGCGCCCGCCGCUUUCAGCCGCCCGAGGCCCCCGCCUCGUGGCCCGGCGUGCGCAACGCCACGACCCUGCCGCCCGCCUGCCCGCAGAACCUGCACGGGGCGCUGCCGGCCAUCAUGCUGCCCGUGUGGUUCACCGACAACCUGGAGGCGGCCGCCACCUACGUGCAGAACCAGAGCGAGGACUGCCUGUACCUCAACCUCUACGUGCCCACCGAGGACGGUCCGCUCACAAAAAAACGUGACGAGGCGACGCUCAAUCCGCCAGACACAGAUAUCCGGGACUCCGGGAAGAAGCCAGUGAUGCUGUUUCUGCACGGUGGCUCCUACAUGGAGGGCACGGGGAACAUGUUCGAUGGCUCCGUCUUGGCCGCCUACGGCAAUGUCAUUGUAGCCACGCUCAACUACCGGCUUGGGGUGCUCGGUUUUCUCAGCACUGGGGACCAGGCUGCAAAAGGCAACUAUGGGCUCCUAGACCAGAUCCAGGCCCUGCGCUGGCUCAGUGAGAACAUCGCCCACUUUGGGGGGGACCCUGAACGCAUCACCAUCUUCGGAUCUGGGGCAGGAGCCUCCUGUGUCAACCUCCUGAUCCUCUCCCACCACUCGGAAGGGCUGUUCCAGAAGGCCAUUGCCCAGAGCGGCACUGCCAUUUCUAGCUGGUCUGUCAACUACCAGCCACUCAAAUACACGCGACUGCUGGCUGCCAAGGUGGGCUGUGACCGGGAGGACAGCGCCGAGGCUGUGGAGUGUCUGCGCCGGAAGCCCUCUCGGGAGCUGGUGGACCAGGACGUGCAGCCUGCCCGCUACCACAUCGCCUUUGGGCCUGUGGUGGAUGGUGAUGUCGUCCCUGACGACCCUGAGAUCCUCAUGCAGCAGGGAGAAUUCCUCAACUACGACAUGCUCAUUGGGGUCAACCAGGGAGAGGGCCUCAAGUUCGUGGAGGACUCGGCAGAGAGCGAGGAUGGCGUGUCCGCCAGCGCCUUCGACUUCACAGUCUCCAACUUCGUGGACAACCUGUACGGCUACCCAGAGGGCAAGGAUGUGCUACGGGAGACCAUCAAGUUCAUGUACACGGACUGGGCAGACCGGGACAACGGCGAGAUGCGGCGCAAGACCCUGCUGGCACUCUUUACCGACCACCAGUGGGUGGCACCGGCUGUGGCCACCGCCAAGCUGCACGCUGACUACCAGUCCCCUGUCUACUUUUACACCUUCUACCACCACUGCCAGGCUGAGGGCCGGCCCGAGUGGGCGGAUGCAGCGCAUGGGGAUGAGCUACCCUAUGUCUUUGGUGUGCCUAUGGUGGGUGCCACCGACCUCUUCCCCUGCAACUUCUCCAAGAAUGACGUCAUGCUCAGUGCCGUGGUCAUGACCUACUGGACCAACUUCGCCAAGACUGGCGACCCCAAUCAGCCGGUGCCACAGGACACCAAGUUCAUCCACACCAAGCCCAACCGCUUCGAGGAGGUGGUGUGGAGCAAGUUCAACAGCAAAGAGAAGCAGUACCUGCACAUCGGUCUGAAGCCGCGCGUGCGUGACAACUACCGCGCCAACAAGGUGGCCUUCUGGCUGGAGCUCGUGCCGCACCUGCACAAUCUGCACACGGAGCUCUUCACCACCACCACGCGCCUGCCGCCCUACGCCACGCGCUGGCCGCCUCGCCCGCCCCCCGGCGCCCCCGGCACGCGCCGCCCGCCGCCCCCCGCCACCCUGCCGCCCGAGCCCGAGCCUGAGCCGGGCCCCCGGGCCUACGACCGUUUCCCCGGGGACUCCCGAGACUACUCCACGGAGCUCAGCGUCACCGUGGCCGUGGGUGCCUCGCUCCUCUUCCUCAACAUCCUCGCCUUUGCCGCCCUCUACUACAAGCGGGACCGGCGGCAGGAGCUGCGGUGCCGGCGGCUCAGUCCCCCCGGUGGCUCGGGCUCUGGGGUGCCCGGCGGGGGCCCCCUGCUCCCCGCUGCCGGCCGCGAGCUGCCACCCGAGGAGGAGCUGGUGUCACUUCAGCUGAAGCGGGGCGGGGGCGUUGGGGCGGACCCUGCAGAGGCCCUGCGCCCCGCCUGCCCACCCGACUACACUCUGGCCCUGCGCCGGGCGCCGGACGACGUGCCUCUCUUGGCCCCCGGGGCCCUGACCCUGCUGCCCAGCGGCCUGGGGCCACCCCCUCCCCCGCCGCCCCCCUCCCUCCAUCCCUUCGGGCCCUUCCCCCCGCCGCCCCCCACAGCUACCAGCCACAACAACACGCUCCCCCACCCCCAUUCCACCACUCGGGUAUAGGGGGCGGCUAGGGGAGGAACCCCUCCCCUGCCCUCCCAGAUGCAACAGGCUUUUCUCGUGUGGAGCUUUCACACGUGGACGAGCAUUAGGUGGACAUGGGUUUUCUCACGGCAAUGCGUCUCUCCCGAGCAGAGAGGCCCUUUAUCUUCUCCGGACCUGGGCCUUUGAACAACUGGGGGGGUGGGGGGCGGUGUUUUCUCCCCUCUGUUGGGACACCCACACGGAGGUGUGCUUUCUCACAAGGGGGUGUGUUUUCCCAUGUGCAGGGUGAAGUUUUUUUUGGCCACCCUGGACACAUGUUGGCUCCCUCAGAGAAUUCCUGUGGGGAUUUGUACCCCAGAAUUCUGUUCCCUCAUGCCUUCUCCCCACUGCUCCUUCCUCCCACCCCCUGGAGACCCUGGAAGUGGUGUGUUGACAAACAGAGACCCCUGGCCACCAGAUGACACAGGGUGGUGCCCAGAAGUACCGAAGAAAUAAAUCACAGCUCCCCCUCCCGCCCCGCCCCCAUCCCCUCCCACCCCCAGCGAAGCAUGUGUAUCCCCGCUUGGCACAAAUGAGGUGAAGCAGGUCUUCCCAGGCAGGCCUUGCCUUCCACCAGACACAGAGUCCCUGCUGUGGGGGGCAGGGAGGAGACCCUGCAAUCUUGUGCUGCCUGGGACCGUGUCUUCCCAUGGGCCCAGGUCGCAUUUCUGAGUGGAAUCAUGUUCUUGCAUGUGGAUGUAUGUUUUCCCAUGCAGACAGCCCCUUUCUCUCCAGCAUUUCCCUGCGUCUUCCCGACCUCAGGCCCAGCACUUCUCACACAGCAGGUGGGAAUGGACUUCAGACUGACAGAAACUGAGGGGGAUGGACAAGCCCUGGGUUGGGAGGUCCCUCUGCCCCUCCCUCCCUCCCUUCCCUGGAGGGAAGCUGGAGGGUGGAGGGUGAGUGUGGCACCUGCCACCCACAGAGGCCAUGCUUGGUUUGACCAAAGCCCUCACUGCAGUCUGAGGACAGCCCUUCCCUCAGGCCAUUGCUCAUCUGUGCCAAAUCAGUGAGGUGGGUUUGAGGGGGGAAUACCCCCAAAGUGUGGCAAGGACCCUCCCCAGUCCUGGGCCCAGGCAAGUAAACGUGGGCAGGUGGGAUACAGGAGGGGGGGAGGUGGCAGCCUAAGGGGUCCUGCCUGUGUCCCUCUUCUCGCCACGUGUCAUCCCUCCCUCUCGGCCUCUCUUCUGCCUCCCCGCAUCACUGUCCCCCCAGGAAGCCAUCCCUUCCUGGUGUCCAACCAGCUCCUUCCUGCAGCUACCCACCCCUUCCUUUGACCUGCCCCCCCCCACUCCUGCCUUGCUCCCCUGGGCUAAAGGAAAGGAACAGAGGAGAGGGGAGGAGAGCAGGGGAGAAAGGCUUCCUGGGACAGGUUGGGGAGAGAAUGGGGUCAGCUGUACUGAGGAACAGAUGGAGGGGGCAGUGGGGGACGGGGCUUAGGCAGACACCAGCAGGAGGAAUUUGAUUUUGAAAGGACGCAUGUAAGGUGACUGCCCAAAGAGAAAGGGUUUGGGCCUCUGGGGAAGAGAACCGUGUGGGGAAGGGUUUCAAGGGACGCCAGCGGAGAAGAGUAAAUCCUUGUCUGCUGGCAUUUCGUGGGUUUGUUAGUGCCAAAUGUGAGUCAGGGGUGGAGUGCUGUCUUCCACUGACACCCAGUUUCAGAAUCCCUGGUCUUGGCUCCCCAGAACUUUGCCUCCUGACUGUCCCUUCUGCCCCCACCUUCACCCAUGGAAACUUGGUUCUUUUCCCUCCCCUUCCCCUGCCUGGGCUAGCUCCUUUCCAAACAGCCAUGCCCUCUAAAUGCUAGGAACCUGGGCCCUGAACCCUGUAGACAGAUGCCCCCCAAGUUGGGGCAUGGGAGGGGGGCUGGGGGACCCCAUGAUUCAGCCACGGACUCCAAUGCCCAGCCCCUCUCCCCAGAACAAUUCCCUGACAAUCCCAUGUCCCUAUCCCAACCCUUUGCGGCUCUGUACACAUUUUUAAACCUGGGAAAAGAUGAAGAGAAUAUUGUAAAUACAAAAGUUUAACUGUU